UCCGGCUGGGUUCGGGUUCGGGGCCAGCUCUAUACCGUGGGUGCCCGGCCUGUGUGUGACGGGGUGGCGCGGUUGCUGGCCAACGAGCGGAGGGACUCCUCAGAUUUUUAAUGCGGAUCGAGUCCGGUGGAGUCCUUCCAGGUCUCCGCCAAGAUCUGCAGUUCUCCUCCCUCCCUCCGCGUGAGCUAGGAACCAGGCCGACUGUUAAGUAAAGCCAUGGCUAGGGAGGAGGUGUGGAAGCUAGCCAAGUCACAGAAUGUGGAGAACCUGGGUGAGCGGGAAGCGCGGUUGACCCCGUACUGAAUUCAGAAACGGACUAGGAGCCACUAGAAGACCAUCCAGUUUAUUGUGGAAACAAACAAACAAGCAAAACAACAAAACAAAACAAAAAAUCAACAACCCCGGUAGAGGAAAAACUACCGGGAAGAGGCAGAACGCUGACGGGGGUGGGGGGUGGGGUGAGCGUGGGGGCGUGCACUUGCUCCGGAAGUACUGUCUCGUGAGCCUCUGGUCUUCCGGGGCAGAUGUCGUCGUAGCAGCUGUAGGGAGGGGAAGCCAUUUUUUGUUUCUGGGAAGAGUAAGGAAGAAACCGGGAGAAAAGCGAGGGGGGAAUAAAAGAGAAAAGAAAAGGGCUCAGCCCCUUUCCGCUGAACCGAAGAUAGGAAGCAGUUUCGGCUGGUGGGUAAGGUCCCGAGGGCCCAGAGAUGUUCUCCCUGUCGAGCACUGUGCAGCCCCAGGUUACAGUUCCUCUUAGUCAUCUCAUCAAUGCCUUCCAUUCACCAAAAACCGGAUCUGUUUCUGUCAAUACGUCUGUUUCUCAAAAACGUCAUCGAGAUACAGUUCCUGAGCAGGACACUCCCAGUAGUGAGCCUGUACUUAAUUUAAGGGACCUUGGAUUAUCUGAAUUAAAAAUUGGACAGAUUGAUCAACUGGUAGAAAAUUUACUUCCUGGAUUUUAUAAAGACAAAAGAGUUUCUUCCCAUUGGCAUACAUCUCAUGUCUCGGCACAGUCCUUCUUUGAAAAUAAAUAUGGUCACUUAGACAUGUUCAGUACACUACGCUCCUCUAGCUUGUACAGACAACAUCCAAAAACUCUUCGAAGCAUUUGUUCAGAUCUUCAGUAUUUUCCAGUUUUCAUACAGUCUCGGGGUUUUAAAACUUUGAAAUCAAGGACACGACGUUUGCAGUCUACUUCUGAAAGAUUAGCAGAAGCACAGAAUAUAGCACCAUCAUUUGUGAAGGGGUUUCUUUUGCGGGACAGAGGAACCGAUCUUGAGAGUUUGGACAAACUUAUGAAAACUAAAAACAUACCUGAAGCUCACCAAGAUGCAUUUAAAACUGGUUUUGCAGAGGGUUUUCUCAAAGCUCAAGCUCUGACACAGAAGACUAAUGAUUCCUUAAGGCGAACUCGUCUGAUCGUCUUUAUUCUGCUCCUGCUUGGCAUUUAUGGACUCUUAAAAAACCCAUUUUUAUCUGUUCGCUUCCGGACAACCACAGGACUUGAUUCUGCCGUAGAUCCUGUCCAGAUGAAAAAUGUCACUUUUGAACAUGUUAAAGGGGUGGAGGAAGCCAAACAAGAAUUACAGGAAGUGGUUGAAUUCUUGAAAAACCCACAAAAAUUUACUGUGCUUGGAGGUAAACUUCCCAAAGGAAUUCUUUUAGUUGGGCCACCAGGAACAGGAAAGACACUUCUUGCCCGAGCUGUGGCAGGAGAAGCUGAUGUUCCUUUUUAUUAUGCUUCUGGAUCAGAAUUCGAUGAGAUGUUUGUGGGUGUAGGAGCCAGCAGGAUCAGAAAUCUUUUUAGAGAAGCAAAAGCAAAUGCUCCUUGUGUUAUAUUCAUUGAUGAGUUAGAUUCUGUUGGUGGGAAGAGAAUUGAAUCUCCAAUGCAUCCAUAUUCGAGGCAGACUAUCAAUCAACUUCUUGCUGAAAUGGAUGGUUUCAAACCCAAUGAAGGAGUAAUCAUUAUAGGUGCCACAAAUUUCCCAGAGGCAUUAGAUAAUGCCUUAAUACGUCCUGGUCGUUUUGACAUGCAAGUUACAGUUCCAAGGCCAGAUGUGAGGGGUCGGACUGAAAUUUUGAAAUGGUAUCUUAAUAAAAUAAAGUUUGACAAAUCUGUUGAUCCAGAAAUCAUAGCUCGAGGUACUGUUGGGUUUUCUGGAGCAGAGUUGGAGAAUCUUGUAAACCAAGCUGCAUUAAAGGCAGCUGUUGAUGGAAAAGAAAUGGUUACCAUGAAGGAACUAGAGUUUUCCAAGGAUAAAAUUCUAAUGGGACCAGAAAGAAGAAGUGUGGAAAUUGAUAACAAAAACAAAACCAUAACAGCCUAUCAUGAAUCUGGUCAUGCUAUUAUUGCAUAUUACACAAAGGAUGCAAUGCCAAUCAAUAAAGCUACAAUCAUGCCACGGGGGCCCACACUUGGACAUGUCUCACUGUUGCCUGAGAAUGACAGGUGGAAUGAAACCAGAGCCCAGCUGCUUGCACAAAUGGAUGUUAGUAUGGGAGGGAGAGUGGCAGAGGAGCUCAUAUUUGGAACUGAUCAUAUUACAACAGGUGCUUCUAGUGAUUUUGAUAAUGCAACACAAAUUGCAAAGAGGAUGGUUACCAGAUUUGGAAUGAGUGAAAAGCUUGGAGUUAUGACCUACAGUGAUGCAGGAACACUAAGUCCUGAAACUCAAUCUGCCAUUGAACAAGAAAUAAGAAUCCUUCUACGGGAAUCAUAUGAACGAGCAAAACAUAUCUUGAAAACUCAUGCAAAAGAACAUAAGAAUCUAGCAGAAGCCUUGUUGACUUAUGAGACUUUGGAUGCCAAAGAGAUUCAAAUUGUUCUUGAGGGGAAGAAAUUGGAAGUGAGAUGAUAACUCUCUUGAUAUUGUUGGUUUUAUUACAAGAAUAUAAGUAGCCCUGCAGUCUCUUUUUGCAACAUUCUUCAACCCCCAUUCUUGACUUGGUAUAUAACUCAAGGAUGUGAAACACUUUGUCAGUCUUCUGUCACAUUAUCUGAUUUUGGUUAUUCCCAUGAUGACACCCAUUGAAGAUUAGUAACCCAUAGCAAGUACAUGAAAACAUAAUAAAUAAAGAACUGUCAGGAUUAAAGACA